UAAACCUAAUUGUCAGUAUGGAUUGAUGAUUAAUCAGUUCACUUAUAUCCAGAUAUGUGGAGCGACACUCAUUAACCAAAUCUAGUCUCUUUUGUCUUCUCUUCCAUCUUUUGUUUUCUUCUCAUUGAUCUUCCUCCUCGCUUCGGCUGUAGCGAACAAGCCGUCGAUAGCGACAUGAGCGCCGGAGAGUUGCUCGAAAUCGAUCCCCCCGAACUCAAAUUUCCUUUUGAAUUAAGGAAACAAAUCUCUUGCUCCCUUCAGCUAUCCAACAAAACAGAUGACCAUAUUGCGUUUAAGGUUAAGACGACAAACCCUAAGAAGUAUUGCGUGAGGCCUAACAAUGGGAUUGUUUUACCUCGAUCCAUCUGUGAUGUUGUCGUCACCAUGCAAGCGCAGAGGGAAGCUCCAGUUGAUAUUCAAUGCAAGGACAAGUUUCUUGUUCAGAGUGCUGUUAUUGAUCCAGGCACCUUGGCCAAGGACAUUACUGCAGAAAUGUUUUCUCGUGAGUCAGGCGAUAAGGUUGAUGAGGUCAAAUUGAGAGUUGUCUAUGUUUCUCCUCCUCAACCACCAUCACCUGUUCAUGAGGGAUCUGAGGAGGGUUCCUCGCCUAGGGCAUCUGUUUCUGAAAAUAGUAACGUGGACACAUCUGAACCAGUUGUUCAAGCAAGGGCACAUGUUACAAAUCAGGAAGAAAAAUACCCAGAGGCAAAGACUCUACUUUCAAAAUGGAAUGAAGAGAAGAGUACUUCCAUCCAACACAGUUUAACGGAGGAGAAGAACACUGCCAUCCAACAGGGCAAUAAACUUCGAGAAGAGAUUGAACUUCUUAAGGUGGAUUUGAACAAAAAGAAAAACACUGGAAGCUUCUCAUUCAUGUUUGUUUUGAUCAUCGCCUUGCUUGGAGUGCUAGUGGGUUAUCUUGUCAAAGCAUGAUAAUAGCUUCUCCCGAUCUUUACUUGGUGUCAGAGCUCUGUCUUUCAGCCCCACAGUUUUUCUUCUCCAUGGAAUUCGGAAACUCCUCUGCUGCCAGUACCUGCUCUGAUGUUCCUCUUGUCGGUUAUGCUCCCAUUCCUCCCCAACUCUAGUUCUUAAUGUCCACCAUAAAAAAUCUAUGGCAUUGUUCGUCGACCCUACCGUCAGAUCACAACUAAAAUGGGUGAAGUCAUCCCCAACCCUUCUUUACAUGGAUGUUUUUAGAUUAGAAUCUAGCAGCUGCAUUGUUCUGUCUACCAUUUCCCCCUUGCUCCCCUAUAUCCUCAAUCUUGAUUCUUGUGCUGAAAUUUAGCAAACCCUUGGCAAGCAGCUCCAAUCUACCAACCGCUCGCGCAUUAUUCGGCUAAAAAAUGAGCUCCACCAUAUCUCUAUGCAUAAUAAUACUAUGCGGCAGUAUCUAACUGAGAUAAAGCUGGAGGUGGACACGAUCAAUGCAGCUGGCUAUUCGUUGGAUCCAUAAGACAUUAUCUUUUAUACUUUGAAUGGGCUUCCUGCUUCAUAUCAAUCCUUCAAAACAGCCAUUCGAACCAAUCUCCAACCUUUUUCUCUAGAUGAUUCCUAUUCACUAUUGUGCAGUGAAGAGACCAAUAUUGUAAAUGAGGCAACCCGUGAACUUCAAUCUGUACAACUAUAAGAUUCUGUUGUUGCCCUCAUUGCAUCUCGUGGUUGAGGUGGUAGUCGCCCAUCCUUUGGUCGUCACAAUAGAGGUCGCACUUCCUCUCAGUUCCAUCCUUUCGGUCGGCAGAAUUCUUCCCCCAUUUGAGGUGGUCGCUCCCCUUCUGCAUCAAUAAAAUGUCAAAUUUGUGGAAAACCAGGUUACUUUGCCAUUAAAUGUUGGCACCGCACCAACCUUAAUUAUAUCAGCAACUCAUCGUUAGCCUUGGCCGAAUCCACAGAUUCCUAGUCUUAGUCCAUUGAUUGGAUAUUGGACACCGGUGCAACGUCUCAUCUCACAAAUGAUUCAAAGCAUCUCAGCUCACCGCAACCUUAUCAUGGAUCACAGCAAAUUCAAGUCGGCAACGGACAAUCUCUUCCAAUUUCAACUACUCAUCACGGCCUUUUACCCACCCCUCGUCGUAAGCUUGUCUCUAUCUCCUCUUCUUCAUUUACCUAAUGUUUCUUGUAAUCUUCUUUCCGUAAUGCACUGUUUCCUUUGAUUCUCAUGGAUAUCAUAUUAAGGAUUAGAAGAUAAAUCACUUGAUCCUUUUGGGUCCAUGUCAUGAUGGACUUUAUCCCCUCACCUUGCUACCAUCCACUACCUGAGCUCCCAUUCUUGUUGUUGUGAUGUCUCCACUCCAUCUCCAUCCAAUAUUUGGCAUUGUGUCUCAGUCAUCCACACGAAGCUGUUAUGCCUACCAUUUGUCUAGCUCGCACCAUCUCUACGUUUUUCGAUUUUUGCUAGUAUUUGUCAUUCUUGUCAAGUUGCAAAAGGUCAUAGAUUGUUUUUCUCUAGUUCUACUACACAACGUAUAUCUCCAUUUGAACUUGUUGUCUUUGAUGUAUGGGGUCCAUCAGUUUACUCUAUUAAUGGAUAUCGUUAUUAUGUGUUAUUUUUGGAUGAAUUUUCUCGAUUUUCUUGGAUAUAUCCAAUGGUUCACAAAUCUGAAUCAGUUUCCAAAAUUUUAUUAUUUAAAGCAAUGGUUGAAAAACAAUUCUCCAAAUCUAUUAAAAUUUUUUGCUCAGAUGAUGGAGGUGAGUAUGCUAGCACUCCCUUCAAAAUUUCAUGUUUAAAGCUAACAUUAUUCAUCAAUUCAGUUGUCCUUACUCCCCUCAACAAAAUGGCCUAGCUGACUUAAACACCUCCAUUUUAUCGAAACUGCCUGCACUCUCCUGCUUCAAGCUAAUCUUCCCUUUUCAUUUUGGCUAGAUGCGUUUCUCACAACCACUUAUAAGACAAAAAAGUCGACUAUCCUCAUGCACUACAAAAUACGUUUCUCACCAUAUUUUUUUCAUUUAAAGGUUUUUGAUUGUCUUUGUUACCCGUGACUUCAAUUUUCUGCUUCCCACAAAUUCUAUCUAAAAUCCGCCUGUUGUGUCUUUCUCGUAUACAUCUCUACACAUAAAGGUUAUCGCUGUUAUCACCUUCAUUUACAGAAAAUCCUCGUAUCUCGUCAUGUUCGCUUUCAGGAGGAUAUCUUUCCUUUCACCUCUUUCACUAUCUCACAUAUCUCAGAAAACACCACUAAUAUUCUCACUCAUCCACUUACUGUUGUUCCUUAUCCAUCAUUUCCUAGUCCAUCCAUUAUUUCACCUCCACCAAUACAACCUUCUCCUACUCCUAUUUAACCACCACAUCAAUCUCCAACUCCAUUUCCCCCUACCCGCCUAGUGGAGCCUAAUUCUAGCCCUUCCCCACUCGCUCCACCCUCUACUCCUCCUGUCGCAACUAACUCCUCUCCACCUCAUUGACUACGUCCAAUGGUAGCUCGAAAACAAACAGGAUCUUAAAACCAAAGCAAAUUUUAAAUCCACAACAUCAGAUCUCUCUUGCUGCUGACCCGACUUGUUAUACUGCUGCGGUUAAACGUAAUUGUGAAGUUAUGCUAUGUCUAGUGAGUUUCAAGCACUCUAAUUGCAGGGUAUCUGGAGUCUUGUUCCACCUACCCCAAUCUCUUGUGGGUGGCUUUUAACAAAACCAGCCAGUAGCACUGUGCCUAGCCCAUGUGACUAGGAGCCACUCGCUGCACUAGCAGUUUUCUGCAGAGCUGAUUAAAUAAACACCGUUCAUUACAUGUGCUGCUCCAAGAGAUUGAUGCAUACUCGUUCAGCAUACAUAUAAAUAUAUUGUACAGUGCAUUUAAUAUAUAAAUGAGAAAUACCACAUAGAGCUUCUUCUUUAUUCUUCACUAUACCUUCCUGUUCUAUUUUUAUGUAUUGAUCUUUAAUACAUGUAUUACGAGUGAUCUUUACCGAUCUAAUAUGCAUUCAUAAUGCUAAACUAAGGUUCAGUUAGCCACAAUGGUGAUAAGUUUAAAUAUUUUUUGAUCUA